UAUUAUAUAUAAUAAGGAAGGAAAAAUGAGUUCAUCUUCACGGAAUAAAUAUAAUAAGAAGGUGAUCAUGAUUGUGGUGGUGGCGGUUGUGUUAGUGGUGGUGUCGCUGAGAAGUCAAUCGGCGUCGGCCAACGUAAUAAGCUACCUUUGCAACGAUGAUUUGUUCGACUACGACGAUCUGCACAUUGAGUGUGUAUAUAUUCUGUUCGACAAAUUGGUCGGGGAUGCGCGUCCGGUGAAGCAGGGUGCUUGGUACCUGCCCCAGACCUGCUCCUCCGAUGAUUCGGUUAUUGUCUACGGUUACCGGCGGAUGGACGAGGGCGCGACGGACUGCAUUUCUGACGCCGAGGAUGACAUCGUUAACAUUUUUUGCCGUCACAGAACUGGAGGUCAAGCGUGGGGAGAUGGCUGUUAUUUGAGGUUCGAGAUCUACCCGUUUGAUGUCUGAUGGUCAACUAUUUAUAUAUGUAUUGUAUUUGUAUGUAUGUUUCCUAUGACCCUGCUUUGUAAAAGGGUAAGAAAACUCAUGUAGCUGCCGGGCAGCAUGAAUAAUAAACGCUUAGAAAACUCUUAGCUCCAACUUUGGUUGGGCGAAAUAGCUCCAACCAUCCAACGUGUCAGUUUGUUAUUAGUGAAUUCACCUUCCUUUUUUUUCUUAAUAUUUAAUAAUGCUAAAUAAAUCAAGAACUAAAGUAUAAAAAAAUGAAAUCACCAAUAGAAAACUGACACGUCGGAUGACUGAAGCUAUUGCGUCCAACCAAGGUUGGAGUUAAGAAUUUUCCACCAAAGAAUUUAGCUGAGUUCGGUCGAGUUUGUUUAUUAAAACCUUGACCAAUCAUCAUUAAGAUUAAGACUAGCUCUGUGCGCGGCCCUUGGCCGGGUCGAUUUGCUCAAAUAUAAUGCAUUGCGUGGGGUCAUUGUAAGCAUUCUAUUGCAACUCUUUGAGUCGGAUACUCAGGUCAACCUACAUAUGAGGACUAAAGUACUUUUCACGGCUUGGAACUUGGUGCUUCCAUUGUUAGCUUGUGUUGUAGCUUGAGUUGUACCAUUGCAUUGUUGUCUGGAAUGCAAGUUAUAGUUUCUUUUUCAUAGUCGUUAGCAAUGGUGAUGUAGCAAUAGCCUCACUCGAUGUAGAUCUGGUUGCGAAGCUGUUCAUGUUGAUUGUAUCCAAUGCAGUCAAAAGCGUGAUUCUACCUAGAAGCGGAAAAUGGGUAAACUCGUAAAGCGUAGAAUCAAAGCUUAAAAGCGUAAGUUUUUGACACAUACUGAAAAAUAACUAAAAAUGUAUUAAGUAGGACAUAUGCUAUGCAAAAUAUGAAUGCACAUAAAUUAGAUAAGUCAAUAAAUACGUGUGAUUCAUGCCUAAAGUAGAACAACUUAUAGCAUCUUAAUAAUAAGUUUGUAAACAUAAAUUUUAACAAUAAGCCACUUCUCCCACUAUGCUAAUGAAUUUGGGAAAAGCCUAACGGGUGAAUUAGAUUACUCUAUCGAAGUUGAGAAUGCAUACAAGUACCUUAUAUGUAUCUCUUAAUCUCUAAAUUUUAACAAUAAGCCACUUCUCCCACUAUGCUAAUGAAUUUGGGAAAAGCCUAACGGGUGAAUUAGAUUACUCUAUCGAAGUUGAGAAUGCAUACAAGUACCUUAUAUGUAUCUCUUAAUCUCAAAUGUAUCAUAUUGUUGGUGAUUUACUUUUAAAAUAUACUUUUUAUAAUUAAUUUCAUGAAAAGAAUACUCAUUUAGUGAACUAAAAGCGUAAAAACGUAAAGCGUUUUGGAGAACUAGAAGCGUGAAACCGUAAGCUUUUAAGCUUUAAAGCGCAAUUUAGUCCGAUUUUAUAUACUGAAGUUUUUAUAUGGAAACGAAAGCGUUUUGGUGACCUAAAAGCGUAAAAUCGUAAGUUUUUACGUUUUAAAACGCAAUUUUGACUGCAUUGAUUGUAUCUUCAAUCUCUGUUUCAUUGUCCUGUGAAAAGUGGCAUUUGUCAUUAAAGUUCUGAAACAUAU